UUUUCAGGACUCGUGUUUCCUCGUCGGCGCGGUAUUGUUGUUUGCCAAGGAUUCAUUCAGUCCAUUCUCUCUCUCAGUAGAGAGCAAUCAUAUGCUCCCUUCAUUUCGGUCGAUUGAUGAACAGAUCCUUGAGCAGGAAUCUCGCAAAGGAGGGUGUACGAAGAGGGGUUGCUAUAAUUCUGACCCUCCGGGAAAACGCGGCCCACUUGGAGCUUUAUAGCAAACGGUAGCGUGUCGCGCGAGUCCUUUUGCAUUUAUCCCCUCCAAGCGACGAGGCACCACGUUGCAGUAGGCUGUGACUGUUGCAGGAUACGGAGCGAUUGUAGCAUGACAGCACGGAGGACAUCCUGAUUGGGACACCAAGACCUUGCUUUAUGGAACUUUUCACGGAUAUUCAACUCAUUGCUACCACGUGGCUCGUCCCGGUUCUCACGAUUGAAAUACUUUGUAUUAUGCCCGAUGCAUCAUGCCAUCGAUCAACAAUUGUUGUCUUUCAAUUGUUGGCUACUUAUUUCUAGGCGAAGGCCAGUUCCACUGACCAUUCAAGCACGUUAUGCCCUACAUCUGCGGUGGCGCUCCGUUUGAUUGUUCCAGACCGAGCCGCAAUCUUGAGCCAAUCGUCCCCCGCCCACAACCAAUGACCAUAUCUGGACGGUGUUCCGGUGUGAUAAUGCACGGCUCGUAAAGCUUAUCAGACGGCAAACGUAAAAUGCCGAAUUUGUGGAAUUGGCAUUGAAAGAUAAUCAGCCUCGCCACAGUGACCGAUAUGGAUUCGAAUUGUCAAUAAAUAUCCACCAUCCGGUAGGCGCCAGCUUUAGUAGAGCCUCAACUGACCAACGUGGUGUGUUAAAGUGAAAUGAUUUUAAAGAAAAGCUCCGCCAUAGGGGCGGCCCCUUUGUUGCUGCUGCUGCUGGUGCUGGCAGUGACUCCAUCCCGUGGACAAUUGAUUCCCGUGCCAGAGGCCGUUAAUGAUCCUGUCGCCGAAUCGGUAUGCUUCGGUGUGAAUGCCGGCAUUUUCCCGCAUCCCGAUCCAGCGCUAUGCCAUGUCUACAUCUCCUGCACCUUCGAGAGGCCCAUCGUUUAUCAGUGUGCUGCGGGGCUAGUGUUUGAGGCGAGCUCGCUGCGUUGUGUGCCGGGCGAUCGAGAGCAGUGUGGUGAUCGCAGCGAGCCCGAGUGGACGGCCAAAUGUGCCGCCUUCUCGUACGCCUUCUUCCCCGAUCCCAACGAGUGCUGGAAGUUUGUGUUUUGUGUGCUUGGAACGCCGAAUGCUUACACUUGCCGCGCUGGUGAGGUCUGGUCUCAGCAGCAUGGAGCUUGUAUGGCUGGCAAUCGUGAAACCUGCGAAGUGUUUGACAUCAGCAACAUCUGCCGCGGACAACCAGACGGAUUGCAACCACAUCCCGAAAGCUGCACACAGUUUGUUCGCUGUACGGAUGGUGUGGCGUCGGGCGAGUACUGUCCAACGGGAGAGGUAUUCACGGGUCAGGAGUGUGUCAUCGGUAAUACGGAUACGUGCGAAGCGGAAUCGGAUGUUUGCCGUGGUGUAGCAGCGAACGAUUUGCGGCCACAUCCGAACGAAUGUCAUCUGUUUGUCUUCUGCUCCCCACAAACUGGACCGACGGUGUUGAUCUGUCCACCGAACGAGAUCUUCCGGCCAGACAUUCGCUUCUGUGUGCCCGGUGAUCGUGCAACUUGCGAGUACAGUGGAGUGGAUACGGCUUGCGUUGGCCGUCCAUCGGGAGUCGUUCCACAUCCGACCUCCUGCGAGAUGUACCUCGAGUGCAGUGGUGGCGUAUCGAUCAUACGUUUAUGCCUCGCCGGAACCAUCUUCAAUCCUCAAACGGGAACGUGCGCCAUUGGCGAUUCGCAGACCUGUCUAGUGACCGAAGGACUCUGCACUGGUCUGCGCGAUGGGUUAGUGCUCGAGCAUCCUUUCUACUGUGGCAUGUUCCUGUUAUGUCAGGGAGGACAGGCACAGAUUCACGACUGUCCACCGGGAGAAAUCCUGCGAGUCGAGUCACAGUUCUGCGUCCCCGGUGAUCUAGCAACCUGCGAGCGAUUCCCACUGGAGACAAUGUGUACGGGAAGGGACGGAGGAUUCCUGUUGCCUCAUCCAACCGAUUGUGCUCUGUUUGUUUGGUGUGUGCAAGGACAGGCCGAAGUGCAUAACUGCCAAACAGGACACAUCUUUGAUGCUCCAACGCAAACUUGCAAACCAGGAAAUGCCCAGGACUGUACGCCACUGACGGGAGUGUGUAGUGGACUGCCCGAACAAACGGUUCUACCACAUCCGGACCGUUGUGACUAUUUCAUAUGGUGUAUCAAUGAACAACCUUCGAUUAAUCCAUGCCCUCAAGGGCAAAUACUUCGUCCAGAAGCUGAGUUUUGUGUGCCUGGUAAUCCCGAAACCUGCGCCUUUGACAACCUCGAGGACAUGUGCCUUGGACAACCCAACUAUACGCUGUUCCCCCAUCCAUCGCAGUGUUUCUUGAGGGUCGUCUGCAUGGAUGGAGUGUCGACCGUGCAAAGUUGUCCCACCGGAAGCGUAUACCAUGCACCGUCAAGAGCUUGUUUGCCCGGUAAUCCGUCUACUUGCGAAGUGUACAACAACAUUUGCGUUAAUCAACCUACGGGACCGAUCCCGAACCCGUCGACCUGCGUUAACUACAUUCACUGCGAAGCAGACCGACCAUUCCUGUCAGAGUGCUCCAAUGGCCUCAUAUUCGAUCCUGAGGCCGGCCGGUGUCGAGUGGGAAAUACGGAAACGUGCGAAGUACACGAUCCCAUGUGCACCGGUGUGUUAUCGGGGACGUUCUUGGAGCAUCCCAACCUGUGCAACCUGUACGUUUGGUGCUUAAACGAUGAGUCGUUUGUAGUCCCGUGCGCCGAUGGACUCAUCUUCAACGAAAACGCUCAAACCUGCGUCCCGGGAAAUGCCAACACCUGUCUUCCGCAUCCGGUGGAAACGAUGUGCGAAGGAGCUCAGAGUGGAAUCGGAUUUCCGCAUCCCGAUGGUGGAUGCACGGAAUUUAUUCUCUGUACCAGUGGCCAACCGACGGUAACGGCUUGCACGGUCGGAUUCAUUUUCCAUCCUCAAUCGCAGUCCUGCCAACCGGGCAAUACGGUCACCUGCGAGCUGAUCGAUGGUGUGUGCGCCAAUCGACCGGAUCAGUGGGUCAUUGAGCAUCCCAAUCUCUGCAGUCACUUUAUCUGGUGCAUCGGUGGUGGAGUGCAGAUUCACCCGUGUCCGGAUCGCGAGAUCCUUCGUCCUGAUGCUCAGUUCUGCGUUCCGGGUGAUGCCAGCAGCUGUGUCUUUGAUCCAGUGGAGCGUAUGUGUGAAGGACGCAGCGAUGGCUUGGUUUAUCCUCAUCCAACGGAUUGUCGUCAAUCGGUUCGGUGCUCGGGAGGUGUUUCCAUUGUCGAAACUUGUCGCCCCGGAACGAUCUAUCGUGCCGCGACUCAAUCGUGUGUCGCUGGCAAUGGCAAUACGUGCGAGUUCCUCGAUGGCUUCUGUGUCGGUCGUCCGGAUGCAGUGUUGCCUCAUCCGGAAGGUUGCGCACUGUUCCUUAUGUGCACUUCCGGCGUCACCACGGCGCUCCAGUGUCCGGAAGGGGAAAUUCUGCAUCCCGAGCAUCUGGUUUGUGUGGCCGGUAACGCUGAGGACUGUUCGCUCUCACCGGUCACCACCGAGCCGCCCAUCAUCUCCGUCUGCGAGGGGCGACCGGACGGAAACUACACGCAUCCACUGCUGUGCUAUCUGUUUAUCCGUUGCACGGCCGGUGUGACCGAGAUUAUGACCUGUCCCCCGAACCACAUCUUCCUGGGUGCCCUACGCGAUUGUGCACCUGGUGAUCAGAGCACCUGUAUUCCCUUCUGAUAAAGCGAAUCAAUAAAAGCAUCCAACACCCUG